GCGGCGCUCGGUUAAACUCACCGCCUGGUAUCACUGGUGUUAUCAAGGUGUAUUUUUUUUAUUAUUGUUAUUUUGUUAAGUCCUCUCUUUGAGACGUGAUGUGGUCGCCGUUUCAGGCAGUUUGUUUAAGGAGCUCGAAAGUGUACAGAAGAAGCGUCGCCGCCGCGCUUUUUAAGCGUCCAAGCCGCAGAGACGCGAACGUUUCCCCCUUCAGUCAUUCAGCCGGACGCUCACAGACAUGCAGGGCGCUGGUGUACAGAACCCACGGAGAGCCGUCCAGAGUCAUCCAGUUGGAAAAUGUUGAUCUACCCCCUGUAGGUGCAAAUGAUGUCCUUGUCAAAGUGCUGGCAGCCCCUAUCAACCCAUCUGACAUAAACAUGAUUCAAGGAACUUAUGCUAUCCUGCCUGACCUCCCAGCUGUCGGUGGCAAUGAAGGAGUGGCUCAGGUCCUGGAGGUAGGCAGCCAGGUAAAGUCUCUCAAAGCAGGAGACUGGGUCAUUCCCAAAGAUGCUGGUUUAGGAAUGUGGAGAACAGAAGCUGUGCUUGCUGAAAAAGAUGUUAUCUCACUGCCAAAUAAUAUCCCUCUGCUGUCUGCUGCCACACUGGGAGUGAAUCCCUGCACGGCCUUCAGGAUGCUCUCCGACUUUGAAGAUCUCCAGCCAGGUGAUUCAGUGAUUCAGAAUGCAGCCAACAGUGCUGUCGGACACGCAGUCAUUCAGAUCGCUGCUGCAAGAGGAAUAAAAACCAUCAACGUUGUCCGAGACAGGCCGGAGUUCAGAGAGCUCAGUGAGAGGCUGAAGGCCAUCGGAGCCAGCCAUGUGAUCAAGGAGGAAGCUCUCAGGCGACCUGAGAUUAAGGAACUGUUCAAGACCUGUCCAAAGCCCAAACUGGCAUUAAAUGGAGUUGGAGGCAAAAGUGCAACAGAACUGCUCCGACAUCUGAAGAUUGGAGGAUGUAUGGUGACCUAUGGCGGCAUGUCCAAACAGCCAGUUACUGUUCCUGUGAGCGCUCUUAUUUUCAAGGAUGUGAAGAUUCGAGGAUUUUGGGUUACACAAUGGAAGAGAGAUCAGUGUCACGAUGGGAAGGAGUUCAGAGCCAUGCUGGAUGAACUCUGCUCCCUCGUUCAGCAGGGGAAACUGACCGCUCCCCCCUGCACUGAGCUGAGUCUGCAGGACUGUCACAAAGCUCUGGAUGCAGCCGUGCAGCCUUUCACUUCCAGGAAGCAGAUCCUGGUUUUGUGAGAAGGUCUGUCUAAUGUAGAAGUAUUACACAGUCUUCAAGCUGUCAGUCUGUCAAGUUCAGUCUGAGCGUGUGCACACGAAUAUUGAUGUGUCAACAAAUUAAACUGCUCCUUCUCAAUAAACGUUUCCUCAUCAGGCUCAGAGUCCAAUAUCUGUCAUCGUGUGCAAAACCACUUACAGUUAUGAGUGUUUGGAUUUACUGGCAGCAAUCAAAGCCUCAUUAAAUCUUUUCAUACUGAUAUGAGAUUACUGCGGUUAUCGUAAAAAUGUGAUAUUAUGUAAUUUUUUUCUGUCACUUUGAGCAGUAAAUGUCUUUGCUUGAUGGGGACAUUAACACACAUUAGUGCAAUUAUAUCUGAU